CACCAGAAGAGGUAAAGCAUUAUUCAAAAGUUUGCAGUGGAUCAGAACGAAUGUAUAGUGUCUGUGCUUAGCAAAAUUCAACAUAUUUUUUUUCUGCAUUUGUUAUUCAGAAAAAGUGACAAAAAUCAAGACAUUAAAAGAAAACUAUUUAAGAACAAUUUAACGAGAAAUUUGAAAGAUUUCUAUUGAUUAUUACAAUUUUAAGAAUUGCAAAGGACAAUUUAAAAGAAAAAUAAUUUUCUUGUGUUCUGUUUGGAUAAAAAUUAAAUUUUAAUCAAAUACUAUAAAAAAUGGAGCCCGAAUUAAGUUUACUAUCACCGCCAGCUACUCCACCGCUUGAACAAGAAAGCAAGAAUGACGAUGUAAAUAGCUUGAAGCGUAAUUUCCUGAAAAUUUUCAAUUCGCAACCAUCUUCAAAGUUUUUGAUAACACCAAAUCCAUCGGACUCUGAAGAUGAAUCGGAUUUACCGCCUCGUAAGCGAUUGUGUGCCCGAGAUCAGUUCAAUAUAUCCAUGGCCAAUACACCACCCCAAUCGGAGUCAGACAACGAGUCGAAUGCAUCGUCGUCAUUUAUAUUUUCUGACAAUCAGUUAAAAUCAAGCGAUCAAAAUGUCAUAUCACAAGCUGCUCAAAACCUUCAACAGCAACGGCCAAGUGUUAUUAUGCGUGCAACAUCAAAUGGUGUGUAUUGCGUCGAUUCGCCAAAUGAAACGAAUUUAUUACGCAGCGUCAAAUAUAAGAUGGGCAGAAAACUGUCUGAAAAAGAUAUUGAAGACACCGUUUCGCAUUGUGAACAUAGUGCGAACGAGGAGUAUUCAAAUGUAGCAAGAGUCAAAACAUCAAAAAUUAAACAAAGAAAUGUUACGAUUGUGGAGAAGAGUAGUCCAAUUCCAUGCAAAAAUACACCAAUUGCAACGGUACAACCGCAAGUUCGAAAUACCACUACUCACUUGCCAGCCAUUGCCCCAAAACUACCGCAUGGCUUUUAUAUUGCUGCCAAUCCGGGUGAAAUUCUAUCAAACGGAGGAUUCAUAAUUUUAAAUUCCGCGAGUCAACAAAUUGUCACUGCCACACAAAUUGUCACUGUACCGACAAAGCCAGUCAUUACAACAAACCCAGUACCCGAACGCCGUCGGGUUUAUGAAUGCAACUAUCCAAAUUGUGGCAAAAACUAUUUUAAAUCAAGUCAUUUGAAGGCACAUCAACGCAUUCAUACAGGUGAAAAACCAUUUUGCUGUAGGUGGGAUGGAUGCGAACGACGUUUUAGUCGAUCCGAUGAACUAUCAAGACACAAGCGUACUCACACAGGCGAAAAGAAAUUUGUGUGCCCCGUGUGUCAAAAACCUUUCAUGAGAAGCGAUCACUUGUCAAAACAUGUCAAACGGCAUGCAAAGAAAACUCAUUCGGGCGCAUUACGGCCGAUUGUGCCAACUACACAAAAAAUUCAAGCCGUUAAAAUUCUAUUACAAUAAAUAAAACACAAGAAGGCAUUCCCAAAAUCGCGACUUCAAUCACACACACACACACACACACACAUACAUACAAAUUAGUUAAGAAACAUUUCUAUUUGCACCUCGAAGGAUUCUUUCUUUUUUUGUAGAAGAAACAAAAAGUUUUUCAACUUAAUCAAUAUUAAGCCCAUAAAUAGUUAUUCUAUCAUAUACUAGAAAAUUAUGACUCUGUUGAUUCUCAAUCAUAUGUUUUCGUUUAUUAUUUUUACUAUUACUAUUAUAAUGUACAUGCAUAGGACCAAUUUGCUUUUCGCAAUUU